AUGUCUACCGCAAUAGAAGCACCACAAGAUGGGACUAAGAAAAACGAAUUUAAUGAUGGUAGAGUGAGAGCUCCGUACACUUGGGGAGAAUCUUUUAAAGAUUGGUUUAAGCAGGGUGUGUCUUCCAAGUACACAGAUGCAAAAGUUGAAGAAAAAUUGCUUUCUGUCUUGCCCUUUUUCCCUGAGCUGGACGGCACAAGAAUUGGUAAGGUGAUCAACACACCAAUAGGUGAUGGUAAGUAUAUUCACGAAUUCUAUAUUGAGAAUACUGAAAAGCCAGCUAAUAAAGAUGAAACCAUGGAUAUUGUGUUGGUACAUGGGUACGCUGCAUCCUUAGGGCUCUUCAUAGAUAAUUUUGACAGCCUUUCGUCGAUUCCAGGGAUCAAAAUUCAUGCAAUUGAUUUGUUAGGUUUUGGGUUUUCUUCCAGGCCAAAGUUCCCUAAUUUUCCUUCAAACACCAAGGCCGAUAUUUAUAAGGUAGAGGAUUGGUUUAUUGAUUCUAUGGAAGCCUGGAGAAAAAAAAGAAACUUGAACAAGUUUAUACUUUUGGGACACUCGUUUGGUGGCUAUUUGAGUUGUGCUUAUGUUUUAAAGUACAAUAAGAACUUGAUUGACGUAGCAACGGGAAAGAACCUUAACCCAGUGGAAAAGUUGGUCUUAAUCAGUCCUGUUGGAGUUGAAAGAAGUAAAUACUCCCUUUUUAAACAGCCAGGUGCAAGCCUUCCCUCUUCUGACAAUUCAUCCUCUGCUACUAGAGUUGAAGCUGACCCUAUAGCGAGAGAAGCAGAGCUCACAAAGGAAUUUACUGCAAAUCAAGAGGAUAUUGUUCAUCCUGUGAAUUCUAAUUCUUCAAUAAAAACCACGGGAAGUGACUAUGGUGAAGUUGCUGACGAUGAAAUAAAACUGGUGUCAAGGGGCCAGAAACUUUUCCACUAUUUGUGGAAGAAUAACUAUUCACCGUUUGGGAUUGUGAGGAAUAUUGGUCCACUUAAAUCUAAAUUCAUAUCUGGAUGGACGUCUCAUCGUUUCUCACACGUUUAUGUAAAGGAUCCAGAUACAUUUUAUGCUGUCCAUGAUUAUAUUUACCGUAUUUUUAACGGAAAGGGUUCUGGUGAAUAUGCCAUAACAAGAAUCUUGGAUUUGGGUGCUUUGGCUAAACUCCCUUUAAUAGAUAGGUGCCCUGAAAGCUUUUCAAAGAUGAACUUACCUACAUUAUGGAUGUAUGGUGAUAAGGAUUGGAUGAAUGAGAAAGCAGGCUACCAAAUGACUAAAGAUAUUAAUAAAGUGGCCGAAAGGAAGUUAGCAAGCUAUGCAAUUUUACCUAAUGCUGGUCAUCACUUAUACUUGGAUAAUCCUCAAGCAUUCAGCAAGACUAUCUUCAAAUUUUUGAACUUCAAAAAAUAA